UUUGAGGGCUAGUGUGACGGGGUGUACGCAUGGCCAGCUGAAAAAAAACCAUGAAUUACCACUAUUUGAGGCUCGUCUGGCUCUUUUUCCUACCAUCAUGGGUUUAUUCAGAUUAUUGCGAGUAUCCACUGUUGGAUUCUUCCUCACUGACGGCCUCCUCAGAACUUGUCACGAGGGAAGCAGAUAAAGCCAGAUUGUAUGAAACUACUGCAUGGACAGCAAAAAAUGCUGACUACUUACAGUACCUUGAGGUGGACCUUGGUGAUACCAUGAACAUAACCGCCAUUGCCACUCAAGGCCGCGAAGAUUCAAACGAAUAUGUAACUGCAUACACCAUCGAGUUUGGACGUGAUGGGACCCUCUUCUCCAUUGUUAAAGGCUUUCAUGGCAGUGUUUGGGCUUUCCCAGGUAAUACAGAUGGUAAUACUGUAGUAACAAAUUUGUUUGACACCCCAAUCAUUGCUCGCUAUAUUCGCAUCAAACCUACAAGAUGGCGCGAUCGCAUCUCCCUCCGACUGGAGUUAUACGGCUGCAAAUACACACCAGAAUCAAUCAGUUUUAAAGGGAAUUCUAUGGUCGUGAUGGAUGUUUCUCGAUUUCCCAUCACCUCCCUGAGAGACCACAUCCGCUUCAGGUUCCGCACAACAUUCCCCGAUGCCAUGCUCAUGUAUGGCCGUGGAACACAGGGAGAUAUCUUGUCACUACAGCUGGUGCAGAACAGGAUGGUGCUUAGUUUAAACCUUGGUUCAAAGUUAAUGACGUCAAUAUCGGUGGGGUCACUGCUGGACGACAACGCCUGGCACGACGUGGAAAUCAGAAGAGAGCAGAGGAAUGUGACUUUCCUUGUGGAUCGUGUGAGGAUAGACGACGUAAUCCUCGACGAUUUCAAAAGACUCGAUCUAAACCAAGAGGUGUAUAUUGGAGGUGUACCGAACAGACAGCCAGGCAUGAAGGCUCGGGCCAACUUCACUGGCUGCAUGGAAAACCUGUUCAUCAACGGCACCGCCAUCAUCCCCGAGAUGCGAGACGCCGACGACUACUACUCUUCCUACUACAAACGACCCAAGUACACUAUGAUCAACACCAAUCCAACGUGUCCGUUUGGAGACUCAUCAGAUCUGACCCUCACCUUCCUCAAGCGAGAAGCUCAUUUACGAUAUCCAGCAGUUGAAGAUCUGCGCUCAGUUAAUGUUUCCCUAGAGUUCCGCUCCUAUGAAGGGAAGGGUGUGCUCAUUUAUCAUAAAUUUACCACGUCAGGGUAUUUCAAGCUUUAUUUAGAUGAAGGGAAAGUUAAAGUGGAUAUUUCAGCAGCACAAACACCAGGCAAGGUAGUGCUGGACAACUUCGAUGUGUCGUACAGUGAUGGUCUUUGGCAUAAGGUGAUGUUUACCAUUGCCAAGAACAGCAUGGAGCUUACUGUUGAUGAUGUGCCCAUGAAAACAGUGCGAAUUAUCUCCAUCUCCUCUGGGAAAAAUUUCCUCAUAGGAGGGGGUGUCUACGGCACAAGCGGCUUCUUGGGCUGCAUGAGGCGGAUAUCUGUGGUUGGAUUCAUGCAGAGGCCCAAAUACGAAGAAAUCAGUGACAUGAAGGGUGUGGUGUUGGCAGCCUGUCAAAUUAUGGACCGGUGUAACCCUAAUCCCUGUGAGCAUCAUGGACGCUGCAAGCAAAACUCUCACGAAUUCUUUUGUGAUUGUACCGGCACUGGCUACUCAGGGGCUGUCUGUCACACCUCCCUGAAUCCAAUAUCAUGUGCUGCUUACGGUAUACAGAACCCCGGCUCCAAACGUGCUGAGGUGUAUAUUGAUGUGGAUGGCUCUGGGCCUCUUGUGCCAUUCCCUGUCACCUGCGAGUUUUAUAAUGAUGGUAAAGUGUUGUCUUCCCUGAGCCACAAACAUGAGAAGAUGACCACUGUGGAUGGGUUUGAGAGGAGAGGAUCGUAUGUACAAAAUAUAAUCUACGAUUCUGGCAUGGAGCAGAUUGAGAUUUUCGUCAACCGCUCUUCCAAGUGUAGGCAGCGCAUCCACUACGAGUGUCUCAAGGCAAAGCUCUUUAAUUCCCCAUCUUCAGAAGAUGAAGAUUUCCAGCCGUUCACGUGGUGGGUGUCGCGCAACAACCAGCCCAUGGACUACUGGGGUGGGUCACUGCCAGGCUCCCGGAAGUGUGAAUGUGGACUCAUGGGGACCUGUGUUACCAACAAGUGGUGUAAUUGUGAUGCUGGUUUGGAGUCUUGGCUUUUUGACAGUGGUGAGUUGACCGUGAAGGAACAUCUCCCUGUACGUCAACUACGGAUAGGUGAUACUGGCUCCCCUCUGGAUGGCAAAAAGGCUAGAUACACCCUUGGUCCCCUUGUCUGUGAGGGCGACAAUAUAUUUGACAAUGUGGUGACGUUCCGUAGGGCUGACGCUACCAUAAAACUUCCCCGCUUUGACAUGGGCCAUUCAGGUGAUAUAUACUUUGAAUUCAAGACCACAUCUCGUGAUGGUUGUCUUAUCCAUGCCAAAGGACCUAUGGAUUACAUGAAAGUCUCCAUUGAAGGUGGUAUGCAACUCCAGUUCCAAUACCAGGCUGGCUCUGGUCCAAUGAGUGUCAGUGUGGAAACUGCAUAUGUGCUCAACGACGACCUAUGGCACACGGUGGUGGUGGAACGCAAUCGUAAAGAGUCGCGUAUGAUCAUUGACGGCGGACGGAAGGCUGUGAUGAAGGAACCGGCCGGACCUGUUCGUGCCAUAUAUCUGGAUUCUGACUUUGUUGUUGGAGCUACAGUGGAUUACCGCGAUGGAUUUGUUGGAUGUAUCCGAGCCCUUGUUCUGAAUGGGGAACUGCAGGACUUACGAGGAAGAGCUGAAUCUGGAAUGUACGGUGUUCAUGCCGGGUGUGUUGGCAAGUGUCAGUCCAACCCCUGCCUCAACAACGGCACCUGUCAUGAGGGAUAUUCCUCUUAUGAGUGUGACUGUCGAUGGACUGCAUUUAAGGGACCCAUCUGUGCUGAUGAGAUUGGUAUCAAGAUGUUAACAGACACAAUGGUCAAAUACGUGAUCCCAGGCACGUACAAAUCCACUAUCGCCGAGAAGAUUCGCGUUGGGUUUACGACCACUAAUCCCCGAGGUUUCCUAAUGGGGCUGCACUCGAACAUCACCGGAGAGUAUCUCACACUGGCCAUAUCAAAUUCUGGUCAUUUAAAGGUUACUUUUGAUUUUGGAUUUGAGCGACACGAGAAGGUUUAUGGGAAGCGAACGUUCCAUGAGGGCCAAAACCAUGAUGUGAAGCUAUACAGAUCAGAGUCUGGAAGGCAGCUUACUAUGCAGGUGGACAACUAUGAGCCCAUUACGUGGAAUUUUGAUGUGAAAGGAUCAGCCGAUGCCCAGUUUAACAACAUACAGUACGUGUACAUCGGAAAGAAUGAAACUAUGGCUGAGGGCUUUGUCGGGUGCAUCUCUCGUGUUGAGUUUGACGACAUCUACCCCCUCAAGUUUUAUUUCCAACAGGACCGCCCAACUACAGUUAUUGCAGAGUCAACAUCAACCAUCUUCGAGGACUACUGUGGGAUUGAACCCAUACGAUACCCAGAAGAAGAAACGGAAACACGGCCUCCACCGGAGGUGUCGGAGGAAGUGCUCAUGGAAAUGUACUCAGACAACUCGGCAGUCCUUGGAGGAGUUCUUGGGAUCAUUUUUCUCGCACUGCUGUGCAUGGGGUUCUUAAUUGGACGCUACAUGGCAAGGCACAAAGGUGAUUACCAGACACACGAGGCUGAUGGUGCAGAUAGUGCCCCUGAUGCUGACUGGGCUGUGCAGAACUCCACCACUGGUCACCAGGUCAAGAAAAACAUGGAAAUGUAUAUAUAACACAGACAUAAUUGUCGUCUACAUAAAAGACAGACACAUCAACAAACAUCUGCGCAUUCACAUCAAGAAAGACCACUGAAGUUUUUAUGCUUCACAAAGUUUCUCUAUUUCAUAAUAUUCACAUAUAAUAAAAACAUGAGAUGAUAGGCAAGGGAAUGGGACAAAUUGUCAGGAGCAACAUUUGGAGGAUUCAGCCAUUAGAGCUCUUUAGCCCCAAUUUAUAGAUUAAAGAGUUAGUAAGAUUGUUUUUAUCAGUAUUUAUUGUGCAUUAUUCACAGGUUAAUUAAGACUGGAUGUUAAAUUUUUUUACAUUGAUCAGGAUUACUUCACAUUAGCUUAUUAGCUCUGCUUACAUUUGUUGAUAUAUUUCCUCACCUUGAAAUGAGGACCAGUUUUUCUCAUAAGGGAUAGUGUUGUGUAAUCAGUCAUGUUCAUAGAAUAGAUGUUCUUGUCUGACAGUGGUAGAUCAUUUUGUGACUAGUCCCAGGCAAGCACUUUAUUAAAUCAAGUUGCUUGGAAUUUUUUUACUUUUUUUUUUUAGGACCAGGAUUUACUGUAAUCGUUAAGCAUGUUUUAAGACCAGGAUUGCUGCAUUUGGUGUUCAUUAUAUAUUUUUCACCAUAUUUGAAAUUACUCUUAUAUGGGAGAUUCCAGAUGUGUAAGUUAAUAGUGCUUUUAAUGUGUACAUAAUUUGGAAAUAGAGGAUUGUGUUGCUUCUCAGGAAUCCAAAAGUUCUUGAUUUUAUAGCUUUAAUAUAUUUUGUGCAAGAAUCUUAAAGUGAAUGCUCGUUGAGUGUCAGUAGGUCUCGAGUAAAUUAUCUACUGAUGGGUAGUGUUCUUUCGAGUGAUGUGCAGCAUUCAAUUUUAUUUUAAAUUAAAAAAAAUGGCUGAUGAAAUUGGUAAUGUUGGAGUAAUUUUAAGGACAGUUAUUUUGGUUUAAAGUAACAUCUCAUGUUGGAAUUGGGAAAGAAUGCAGCUGGACUGAAGUGAUAUUUCUGUGUACUGAUAAAAGUUAAUCCUAUCCAAUGAGGAAAUUCAUUAUUGGGAGUAUCACUUCAAUUACGUAAACUGCAGCUGUAGGUUAUUUUUUUUUUUUUACGAUAUAUAAAUAUAGGAAACAAAAUAUGAAACAUCAGAAAUAUGUACUGUUACUUUCUACAGUUAGUUUUAAAGUUGGAAGGUAUUACCACUGUAUUGAAUAUUUUGUGUUUCUGCACAAAACUAACACCAGAGUAUUUUAAUGUAUUAAAAUAACCCUUUUAUGAAGAAAAUACUGUAGAUUUAUUGUAAUAAAUCUCCUUAAUUUAUAUGGUUAAUGCUUUAGGAUGUUAAAGUAAAUGACAUAUUGAAAUAUCUAUAAGGACCUUACUGAAGGGUGUGUACAGUUCUUUACUUUUAUCCUUCAUCUUACUACUGCAAAAUAAAAUAAAUAAAUAAAUAAAUAAAUCACUUCAUGAAAGGUGAUGUAAGACAUAAUCUGUCUAAAUUAAAGAGAAUAAUGCUUCUUUUAAUUACAGUACCAUUAUUUUAAAAUUAGGUAGUUCUUACAAAUAUUCCAACUCCAGAUAAUUUAAAAAUAUAAACAUCACUUUAAAGAGGUUUUAAUAUUCAUUGUUAAGGUUGUUAUUUUUCUUUCUUUCUUUUGUGAUGAUAACUUUUAUUUAGAGUUUUGUAAUGUUCUAUUUUAUCUUCCAUGGCUUUAUCUCAUUGUACUGGGGAUUUUUCUUCUGUGAUUACUACAUUCCAUACCUGUACUACAACUGUACUUUUUUCUCUAUUUUUUAAUAGACACAAGGUCUCAACUAAAUUCUAAGAACUUAGGUCCUGUAAGGUGAAAAAAAGAGAGAGAGAUAGUGUAUGUGGAUUAUGUAGAUGGCACCUCACAGGCACUGGUUAGACUGCAAAUUUGGGUAAGCUUGAACCAUUUGUAGUUGUUUUAUGUAUUUAGUUAUUAUUAUUGAAGUUAUAACCUGGUCAGCUGGAAAUUACCAUUGGCAGUUUGAGAUUGGUAGUACAGUUAACCACAAAAGUCCUGUGGCCACUCCACUCCAGCUGUUUGUAGUUCAGAAGGACUUUUGUGGGUGACUGUACAUUGUACUGUGUAGUGAGCCUUGUAUAUGAAGUUCAUUCUUCAUAAUUUAGGUUGUAGUUACAAGUUUAAGUUCCCUCAUACAAAUUUACAGCUCUUACGUCCAUAAAGUACUGUAAACGUGUGAUUCUCCAGUAAAAUAGAUUUAGAUUAUUACAAGUAUUGAGAGUUUGCUUGUAGAGGAUGUGUAAUGUUGUUAAGGAUGAGGAAAUUGAUUUAGAGUAGUUGGUGAAAGCAUGGAGAAACAGAACUAGUUUUAUCAGUAUAUAAGAAUAGAAAUAGAGUAUUUUCCAGUAUUUUGGGCAAUAAUGUUCAUGUGUUUUUAGCUUGGCUCUGCAGUGUGGAGAUAACUAUUUAUACUACCCUUGGCAUCAGCAUUCUUACAGUAAAGAUCAUGGUAAAUGCAGUAAGUGUCAUAAUCAGACCAGUUCAGAUUAACAUUUGUAGUGAGUGGCUAGAAUUGCUGUAGCAGUAACAUCCUAGUAUCAGUGUACCUCAAGAAUUUAAUUCAUGUAACUUGAACAUUUGUGGAAUUAGUACAGAACUAAUUUUUGCCAGAUGUACGGAAAUGCAUGUUUUUAUUUGUUGUGAUAUUCACUAUAUUUCCUGGCACAGGUAGUAUUGCCAAGUCAUAAUAAUCAAUGACAGAUUCAGAUGAAAUGACAGGUAGCUUAUGGAACUCUAUUGCAUAAUUAAGGAAAAGAUCCACAUUAAAGAACAUUGUUUGUUAAAAGACAUAUACAGUACCAUGAGGCGAUUUUAUAUGGUUGAUGGUAAUAGUUAUAAUAUCUUUGAAUGAUUAGGACUUGAGUUAAGAGUUAACUUAUAAACUUUCAUACCACCUGGAUCAGUAUUACAGUACGAUAUGAAUUGUGCCAAUAUCACUUGCACCCAUUAGAUAUCACACUUCAUUUUGUAGGUCAUUGUCUGUCUGUAAAAUGAGUUACCUGUGAAAGAGGCACUUAACUUUUGUAGUAUAGUAUUUAUUUAAUGGAAAAGGCAUGUGAGGCAUGUCUGGUCUUAUAACAAAGAAUGUACUUUUUUAUGUACAAAGUCAAUAUACUGUACCGUAAUUUACUUCACAUAGCAUUAUUAAUUGAUGCAACUGUUACUGAAGGUCGACCAACCACGGCUCUCGAGUUGAACAUGUGUUUUUCCGAUGUUUUAGACAAUUUUCUUCUAUGACAUUUGCGAAGGAAACAUAGAAGAAAAAGAGUCUUAAAAGUGUCUAAACCAUUGGUAAAACACAUGUUCAACUCGAGAGCCGUGGUUGGUUGAAAUUACAAAUUGACUGCUCUUGAUUCUGUUGUUCCCAAUUUGAAAUAUUGUUUAAAACUUGCUCCCCCCCCCCAUUAGUUAUUCUAUUAUUCACUUUCCUCCUCUAAUAAUAGGUUUAUGUAAGACUGGUAGUUUCACAUGGAGACUACUGACCUAUGUUUGACAUGUAAUGACAUCAUUACAUAAACUUGUAUGUAUACUGUACAUGUAUAAUGUAUACCUUUAGGAAAUAUAUUUUGUACCAAAUUUAUGA